AUGGUCACAUCUCAAUCAAGUACCCCAACCUCAAAACAAGAUCCCACACUUUUUAUCGUGGUCCAUAAUAUACACCACAUGCGUCUUGAAUUUCCUCCCCCACCAAAUAAUAUCAUACCAACCACUAUAUGGGAUAGAGUAGUUGCAAAAUUGAGAAUGUUAGGAUUGAAAUUUAUUUACAAAUCCACGGGAAACAUCGACGAUAGUAGAUUAUAUGAAUUUGAACGUGAAGAAAAUCAUCCCGUAGUUGUACAUCAUGAAUACAACAUACACACCGACGAAUUUAAACAUGCGAAGGAUGGUGUACAAGCGAAAUACGCUCAAGAGACGGAUCCAAUCCUUGGGAAAGUCGUUACUUUCCCUGGGGAUGUGAAUUUUGUGCAGGAAGAGAUAAUCUCGUCUAUACAGCAUAAAGCACGCGAAAUCGUUGAUCAAUAUCGUCAAAACGAAAUUAUUGUUAAUAAUCCUAAAACAUUCUCACCUGAAUCUGUACUGAAUACUAUUGUGGCUGUUCUUUUAUUGUGGUGGAUCUUUAUAUCAAUUACCAUGGUUAGAUCAUAUUUCUUAUAUUAUCAUCAAAGAAUGAGCUUCCUAACACAAACCGAUUCACCGCAAAAUCUAAUCAAUUCAGGUAUCAGAUAUCGUCUUCGUGAUCAGUUUAGUAGAGCCACAAUAACAAGCGAAAACCAUGAUGAAGAUGGCGAAAAAUUGGGAGAUGAAAUUCCUAUUAUAAAUAACGAAUGUUGAGUAACUAUAUCAUUUAAAAUUAUUAUAAUGAUAUUUGCUAUAAAAAAAUUUGUCUUUUUUUUCUUGAAUUAUUAUUGUUUAUCAGUUUAAUACGGAUGAACAAAUUAUAAUUUUUGUUGUAUAUUAGUCUAAAUAACAAAAGAAAAAAUUUCAU